UCAGAGGCGUCCGUCGGGUCUGUUCAGCCAUGCAGUCUGUGGCUGCUGAAACCCCUCUUCUCUCAUCAGUGUCCUACUCCUUUCUCACUGGCUGAGGAUUCCCUGACUGGCUCUAUCCAAGCUGCAUUUAAUUGAAGGGUGCCAGGUUGUAACCAUCUAGCAAGCAGGGCUGAUUAGCUCAGAAAGCUGUACUGGAGCAGGAGACUCACACAGCUACACCGCUGUCUAACGGACUGACUGGACGAUAGAAACACACAGAACUAGAUCUCCGGUGGAGGAAAGAGAGAGGGUGAGAGAGGGAGAGGAGACAUUUACAGGCGACUGUGUGAGAGAAUGAGAGAGAAGAGAGAGAGUUAGAAAUAGCAGCAAGACUCAGAGUGUGAGAGGUGGAGAAAUAGGAGGAGGGGAGGGGAAGGGAAGGGAGGAAACGGGAAAUGCAAAGCCAAGUGAGGGAGAGCGACGGGAAGCCUGCAGCAACAAAUAAGACUGAAGACUGAGGAACGAAACAGGAGAGGUAAAGAGAGAGAAGGAGAGAGAGAAGGGAUAGGGGGAGGGAGGGAGGUGGAAAAGAGGGGCCACGAGAAGGAGAGAGGGCUGCAGGGUGAAGGAGUGAGAGAAAAGUUAGAAAAGUGAGAGAGGGGGUCAGGGGAAAGAAAGAAAAGAGCAUAGAGAAAAACAAGUAUAGAAGAGAAGGGGAAACAAGAGGCAGGAAGAAAGGGGGGAGGGAAGUCUUAGGUAAGAAAAAAAGAGCAUAGCUGAAAAAAAGUUUUGUUUUGCGGUGCAGUCAGUCAUAGAUGAGGAAAACAGCUUGAGUGAAUGGCUAGUUUGGAGUUGGAGAGCAGCGUGGAGGAGGAGGGGAGGAGAAGGAAACCAGUUGUUGUUUAAGGCGUUUUCCACAGCAGCCUCUACUCUAGACGGACUGUUUUCAUUCUGACAUGUACUCAGACAGCACACGGAUGGGACACUAUAGAUUCAUUCAUCAAAACACAGACGACUACUGCUACUGCCUUCACUGUGUCCAAUACGGACCCACGCUGUACCAGGGAGGACCAGGGGGGUACAGACCACCACCCACACACCCAGACCACCCAGAGUUGGACCUCAGAGGAGACAUCAGCCUUCCUCCUUUCCCUGUGGAGCCAGAGGAUAUAGAACCUGGACUAGAGAAGUGUGAGAGAGGAGGUGAAGGAAGAGGAGAUGGUGGAGGGGGAGAAAUUGGAGAAGGAGAAGGUGAAGGAAGUGGUGCUGAAGCUGGAGCUGGAUGGGGUGUAAGUGGUCACAGUGCCCCACAGAGGAGGCCAGUGUUCACCGGGCCGGGUCAGCAUGGUCAACCUCAGCCAGGCCAGUUUAGCCCCAGCCACCCCUGGAACUACAACCCUGCCCAGUGGACCUGCCCAGUGGAGCCUGGCCUGGGUCUGAUAUUCUACUCCCCUGUGAAAGAACAGUGUGGCUAUGUGGGACAGGGUGGAGGUGGCACUGCUGGGAUAGGGAUCGGGACACACCCAUUCAACAGCAAUAGAAACGCGUCAGCCUCAUCACUCCCCCUGGACCCGGCAAACACACAGUUCAGGGGUCAGCGGACCAAACACAGACAGGCUAGCUACAGCUACGGUCCUGAGAAACCGAUCUGGGAUCAGUCAAAAUACAGACUAGAAAGACAGGCUAGCUAUAGUCCACAAGAGCAACACAGACAGGCUAGUCUCGGUUUAGAAAAGCAGGUCUGGGGUCAGUCGAACCACAGGCUAGAAAGACAGAAUAGCUUCAGUCCACAAGAAAUACACAGCCAGGUUAGCUACAUUUACAGUCCUGAAGACAAGCUGACACAACGACAGCUAGUCAGCUACGGUCCAGAACAAAAGGUCUGGGGUCAGUUGAAACACAGACAGACUAGCUACAGCUACAGUCCAGAGGAACAGGUCUGGGGAUAUGCUGGAGAUGAACACGAUCAUUUGGACAGGUGUGUACCGCUUGAACAAAGAGAAUUACACCCUCACAUGCCAAAUGGACAUAGUGGUGGUGGUGGUCCCAGCCCCAGGCAUGUGUACUCUAAGGGCGUGGGAGAUAGAACUAACUACCAGGAGAGGACUACUAGAUUAAAGGUUGGGGGCGCUGUAGGUGGGGCAGGAGUGGACAGCUGUAAUGGACGACAUGUCCCUGCUGGCUCUGACUCUGUUCAGAAGACUUUCUUUUCCACUGAAGUCCCCCAGAAACAGUUGGUCAGCCAGCCCAGGCAGAGGAGUCACUGUGGGCCUGGCCUUGGCCAUAGAACCCCAAGACAUGGAGCUACUGGACCAGUGCAUGGAGCCACUAUAGGCAGGGAAGAGAGAUUCAACCAAAGGGCCAAACAGCCAGCGAGCCAGGGAGUCAACCAGAACCAGGGAGGAGACCCAGACUUAGACCCCCAGAGACAGAGGGUGAAGCAGAAGGAUGGUCAGGGUUCAGUCCGGAAAAGCCAGUGUUUGGUCUGGGAGAACCAGUGUCAUGUCCGGGAAAACAAGGGUUCUGUCCGGCAGAAGGAGGGCUUGGUUCGGGAGCAGAUCAGACAGGUGGUGUCAGACCUGGAAGGGGUCCUGGGAGGUCUCAAACAGGUCCACGUGGAGAUGAAGGAGGUGGUUGAACAGAUUGAUCUGCUGACAGCUAACAUUGACCUGGAAGAGGGAUCAUGUAACAGUUCCCCUCAUGGUGGUGACGCCAUCCCCAACCCCAGAGACUGCAGAGUCCUGAUGUAUAAUCAGAAGACUAGUACUGGAGAGCAGAUGUAUACCCACAAGAUUAGGACUGUUGACCUGAAGACUAAUGGAGACCAGGGAUUACUGUACAGAGACCCUGACCAUACUGUCACCAUACAAACUACCUCUCCGUCCUAUGUCCUCACCGCAUCAGUCAUCAAAACCAACCGGGUUGGGGUCACAGCCCUGAGCCCCCUGAGCCCGAGCCCUUCCAAAGACUCCAAACAGGAAAGACGGGGGCUCAACAAAGACCCUCCUAUACCUGGCCCUUCCAGAGACAUAAACCAUGUGACCCAGACCCCUGGGCUAGAACAGAUUCCCUCCCUAUCCCUACUAUUACGGACCCACACCCCUAUCCCCACAGCCAUGGUUGGAUACAGUGUCCCGUCUCGUAGGAGCCAGAAACCACCACUGUACCCCCACCCCAAUGGACGGGUGGAGAGGCUUAAUAAGGGUCUGGCUCCACCACCCUACCCGGCCCAGUCAGCCCUGCCGGUCCUGCCCCACCUGGCCCAGCCACCCUACCCUACCCACCCUAACCACCCUGCCCUGCCUCCCAGUGCCCUGAAGACACCCCCAUACCUGGAGAAAAGCAGACCGAGCUCCAGCAUGGUGUGAGGGGACAGCCUCACUUCCGUGGGGGCCGGGAACAUAUAUGACAAGGACAGACCUACACUGAGAGGUAGUCUGAGAGGGACUGACCAGGGACAUGGAGCCCUGACGUGGUGAAGAGAUUACUUCAGUCAGUGAUGGACACAGAGACAGAGCUUGGCCUGAAGAUGGGGGUGUUUCCAAGGGUGAACGCUCUAGACAGAUAGGAGGGGAAGGGGAUUCCACAUUACAGAAUGAGAUGCACAGACCUGAGACACAGCAUGCAGCAAGCACUUCAACCUAACAUAUAUAACUUAAAACAGCAAAAAGACACAUUUCUGAUACAAGUUGGACAAUAAAGUAUUAUAUUCAUAACUAAACCCUACUUGAAUUAUACAACGAAGGUAAACCAAAGAAUCUGUAGAAAAAUGAGAAUCGAUGUUGGAAGUUAUAUGAUUAUAGUAUCUAUAUUCAUGUUUAUAAAUGUUUAUUUUAAAAUGUUCUGAGAUAUUAGAAAAUUGUACUGUCUGAAACAUCCAAAUAGAAAUACUUCAUAUUGACAACUGAAUGUCUUUACAUUUGUUACAUUUGUGUAUGGAUUAAAAAACAACAAUGACCUAAUAAUGGA